AUGUCGAUGAGGAAACGUCGGUUGACGAUUGCUCCGGGGGAUGAUGAAGCAGGGCCUUCAAGAAGACUUCGACUCUCUAAUGUUAGAAGUACAGAGGGCAUGGAUUCUGGUCCUGGUAGCCGCUCGUCUCCGUUUCAGCCACCGACUACCAAUACAGGGACAAGAGGAUCCGGAUCUACACAAAACUCCUUUAUGGUUGAUAGUUCGAUGCCAUCGGAAGAAGACCCAAGUGAAAUGCUGUCCCUCCAAAAGCCUUUGUUUGACCCUUUGAUUAUGAAUGUUUUUUUCCCUCCAAGACUACCAGACAAAGCUCUUGAAAAGUCAGUGCAGAAGGAAGCAGAUCAUUUUUUGCUUACUCUACUUGCGCAGGCCGCUGAUGAUUUUGGAGAGACUCUCACGUUACAACAACAUCCCUGGUGGAAGAGAGUCCAAAAGAAUCUAACCACAUUGGUUAGAUUAUAUAAGCCUGAUGAAGAGCAGGCUUGGUUGUCUAAAGAGAAACUAAUUGACGCCUUGACUGGUAUGGAAACUGGAGAUUUUAUUACCCUGUAUAUCCGCAAGCAGAACGCUGGUAUUGUUAUUCGAAAGAAAGAAGAAGAGGCCAUAUUUGAAUCGUUCGAGGCUUCUUGCCUUGCCGACGCUGUCUCCGAAUGCCGCCGAAGGUUAAGAUGCUCUUUCCCCGGACCCAGUAUUGCUACGAAGCUUAGCUCUUUUGAAGACGAACGAUUUAUCGACUCCCUUUCGGAGUACCUGUCAUUCACAGAUGGUAGUGCCGCAGAUAAUACGGAUGGUAAAGGUGGCACCGUUAAUGAUACCGGUGCAACAAACCCAUCAUUCAUUACUCACCUCCUUACAAAUAUAAUCCGCGGAGUUGGGCGCCCCGAUAACGCUCGGGAGUCGAAGAUCUGCAAACGUGUGGGAGAUUCUGUUCUCGGAGCUGAAUCGUCAGUUUGGAGGCGGUCUCCACUAUGGUUGGUUGUUAGAGUUGGUCUACAAUCCACUUUGAAACUUGAAACUCGACAUCAGGUUGACUGGUACAAAUGCUUUCAAGUCUAUUUUAUGUCGAAGAUUCUCCGAAAAGCUUUGGAUCAGGAUUUAGUUACUCAAGAUAUUUUAUACAUCAUGGGUGCAAAGAUUGCAAGGCGGCGGCAAAAGUUGAGUGGGACUGUUCCUGAGUUUGUUGGGUCAGAGGUAGCGUCCACCGUUGAGCUAUUGUCGAAAAAGUUACACCGACGCUGGAAGCAGUUCUACAACUUAAACGUGAAGCAAAUAUCCUGGAGCCCCGGGUCUCUGGAAGCCGCUACCGACUGCAAACUAAAGCUGGCUACGAGUCGGGACUACUUGGCCUCAGUUAUGGAUGGUGAGACCAGUCUAACCUCAUCUGAGCUCACUCAACGACCUUUCAUUCCGGGGAAAUAUUUUCGUAUCACGGAUCCACUAUCACUGAAGGAGGGCCUUUUAAAGGCGGAACUAUUGAGUACCCCUAAGAAAGACCUCGCGGUCUUGCUGAUGGAUAUUGAAUCCUGGGUAGACACUGGUAUUGAUGCAUAUGCCACCCUCUAUCAGCGACGGCUUGACGACCCUGAUUUUCAGCGAAGUCAGAAGGAUGCUGUCAUACAACUUGGCCAACUUUUCAACGACUACUUCCGUGUCGCAAUUCAAGAAUACGAAGGGAAUCCUGAAAAUCUCUCAGUCGCAUUUCUGACUGGAUUUGAGAUUUGGGUAGCUAUGGACAAGAUCGCAACGUCCUGCACCCCCCUUCUAGCAAGAUACCAUCCCGAGAUUCAAGGGAAACACCUAAACAAUCUUGUACUUCCCUCAAGACGACAGAUGGAACGGCUUGCAGCCGUUCAAACCCACAUCAUGGAUCGUGCAGCCAAGGCGACUGUUUCAAAACCUACCCUAUUUAAGGACAAGUUUUUCGAAGCGUCAUUUGCAUGUUUGUAUUUCGACCAAGAACCCUACCUUCAAGACCUACUUGAGAGUGUCAGAGAAGCUGCAAAUGCGGCUAGAAGGGAAAUGUGCUCUAACCUGAAGGAAACCAAUCAUCAAUACCAUUCAAUAAUGAUGGAAUACCACCGGAUGGAUCAUGAACUCACACCAACCGGACGCCAUCGAACGCAAAAGAAAUGUCCUAAGUGCCUGAAGGAAAAUGAGGCGAAAUGUCUGACAGUGGGAAUUCAUGAAUGGCCCCUCCCUGAUAAGGACGAGGAUGAUGCAGUAACAAAGACUAUAAUUUUCGAGUUGGAUUGCCCAAAGCACUUUGUGGCAUGGCGAGACACUACAUUUAGAAUGUUGAUCAACACCUCUGCAAUUCUCCAGUUCUCUGAGACGCACCCUGAGACCCGAGCCCAAGAGAAACUUUCGACCUACAUAGGGCUUCGUGAUUUCUAUCAGGACGAGAGAACGGCGGGGGUUGUAUUAGCGUCACAAAGGAAAGCCACUGGAAGGCUUGGUGGAGUCAAAGUUGAUCUCCCGGCAGAAGAAGAUCAAAUUCUCGUCCCGUUUUCAUUCCGUCCUCGAUAUUGGUACGGUGAUACCGCCGGUGGGCAUUGGGUAUCCGAUUUCUUCAGGCUCAAAGGCACCUGGGAUAAAAGGAUGUUUUCUUACAAGCUUCCGAAUUCCAGCGUUUAUAAGCCACUCCAGUUCUCUCUUAGAAGAUCGGAUCAUACCAGCAAUGAAAUCUUGGCUCUUCAGAAUAAAUGUCAUCCGAGGCUUUCGUUGCAUGAGUUCUAUGAAUACGGUACCCUUCGUGCCGGGCAUAGACUCCAAUGGAUGAAUAUUGCGAAAGGAUUGAAGGCUCGGUCACUCAGCUUAGACAAGAAAGAAGUGAGCUUUCUCAUACUCCAAGCUUCUUGGGAGGCCGGUCCGGUAGUCAGGGGCACUAAGCACAUAUUCCUCCGAGAUAACCAUCGUUCAUUCGAUAGAACUUCGGUCAUCCUUGAUAUAUUGGAUGUAAUAGAACAUAUUGUUGCCUCCAUUAAAACGAAUUGGCGCGAAAUCGUGAUAGCUACAACCAUCAUUGCUCUUACUUGUCGAUGCCUGGCGUUGAUAAAAAAGGACCAGCAAGCUGCUAUAACCCAGGCCAGUGGUUUGGUUCUCAAACUGAGAGAAAUGGUGUACGGCUGGAUUGAACAGUUGCGAGAGAAGAUCAAAUUAGAGCAAGAGGAAGACAGACUUGCGGAGAAAUUGCAACAUUUGAUGCACUGUGCUGCGAUCUGCCGCAUGACGUAUGAGGUGCCAACCAAACGCGCGCGGGAUCUCAUCGAUGGAUUGGUUCCGGGAGAGGAUUUGGAUGGCCGCUGCGACCCAAAACAUAUUUCAAUAUAUCUUGAAACUGCUGCAAUAAUUCGUGAUAAUCUUCCUGCGAGACGGGAACAUGUUGAAGAUUAUUUCCGCCAUGCAAUCGAUAGGUCGAACAGAUUAUCACACCGUUGGGAAACUAGAGUGCGAGAUUUCGUUCUUCAUGAUCCUGCGCCGAUAGACCUUGCGGUCGAGAAGCAAUGGCAACCCCACAUGCGACAGGGAAACUGGGAAUCCGCAGAUGCCCUAAACGAACAUUGGCUCCGCGCGAUCACUCGCCCGGUAUUGGGAGAAAGGGAUGUCCAAGUUAGCUUAAAUUUGCUAGAUGGCCAAAUACUUAUUGAUAGCAUACCGUUUGGACGGCUGCCACAGGAAUACGUUAGUCAUCCAACUUACGACCGAAUCUUCGGUAGCGAAAUCCUCACUGUAGGGCCUUCGUCCUUGAAUGGCAUGCAGUUUGAAACAAGGUUUCCGAUUGAGGGCCAUUCAGUCCAUUUCGCUUUGAAGGGAGAAAGCCUUAUAAUUCGGUCCCAGAAAGAAAGAACCAUCUACGAACUUGUCCCGCAUAAUCGCUUUGGGGGCGAUUUAUGCAACUCAUUAAUCGAUGAUUACACGCACUGGUUAGACCAGAAUGGUUCGACCAUCCAGUUUCGAAAACUUGGGAGCAAAUGGGACACUCAAAACUAUGAGUGGAAAUUGUUCCUAAGAGACAACGGCCCAACUCUAUCCCGUUUGGAGGAUUCCCGCGUUCUCGUCGUCGACCCUAAUAGUAACACUGCGAACCAAGUCAAUCAGAUCCUCGGCUGCCUCGAGGAGAAAUCCCAUAUCUUGAUAACUGCCACGCAAAACGAACAGAGAGAGAAGAUAAUACUUGUAGAUCUUGCAAGAUUAAACCUUAGAUUCUCAAGCAAGAAUGAUAACUUUGUUUGUCGAAACUUCUCGGGUUUUAUUGUCGAUGAGGAUCAGGACAUAGGGUGCUUACAUGGUUUAGCCAACAAGCUGGUACUUCGCAAAGGUGAUGAGCGUAUGGCUUUAAUACCGUUCGGGGAUAUUCUGUUAAAGAGAUAUGAUGACUUUACACAGGUUUCAGUUAAUCGUGCGGAGUCAUAUCAAGCAUAUACCGUCGAUAAAUGCCUCGGACGACUGGUUGGGAACGGAUCCAUCACUAGUCGACUUUAUCAGCUGUAUUUACAUGCAGUUACUUCGUCGCCGUCAUGUCAAGUCGACAAUCUUACAGGGAGAACUGGUACCGAGGAAGCCGCAAGUUUACUAGCAUCAGGGGCAGUUAAGUCCUUUCAAGAACUUGACAAAGUCGAUAUCCAGCUUUUGCACCUUAUUGCGCAUCUAACGCCACAUCGGGCUAGGAGCAUCUCUAGAAGAGACACUCGAAAAGAAAAUGAAAAGAAUGUUGCCAAAAAUGCAAGAAUCGAAACCGUUGUAUGGGAGGAUCACCUGUCAUUCAACUGCCAAAGAGAUAUCUUUCGAGUCGGUGCCGCCCAAGUCAUCGAAUACUGGAUGAAAGCAAAGAAAUUUCUCGAAACCGAUAAAAUUUCAGCCGAAGACUUUAUUCAGAAUGAUGAGCAAGAUGAAGGUGAUGCAGCGAUCGAGACUGGAAAAGAAGACAAGAGAACCGAAGAAGGCGUUAAGAGGGGCGACGAAUUGCUUCUUCGCCGUGCCGCCUACCGUAACGAAAUUUUCUAUGCUUUUUUGGAAAAUACUUGGGGGGAUGUACGUGAUGGGGAAACCUAUCUAGAAGAUAACGAUGAAGAUAUCGAUAUGCUAGUUUCCAAAGCUAUGCCCGCUCCUAUCGAAGAUAUGAGCUAUACCGCUCGUGACGGGACGAUAGAAGAUGAAGAAGACAAAGGCCCCCAAGUGUGCCAUCUUGUAAGGCUUCUCCUGAAAUGGAAAACGGGGAUGGGUCCGCCAAAUCUCUGGAGUGCAUUCAGCAGCUACACUGUAACAGGUGUCAAAGGAAGUAAUAGCUCCGUCAAAUUACAAAUGAAUGACGCCCUACUUAGGCGAUCCGCAGGAGAGAUUUGGUGCGCAUUAUUCCAGCUGUGUCGAAAUGCCUCGAGGAGAGAUGAUACUUUUAAACUUAUCUUCACAUUAGGCACACUGAUGUAUCGAGAUGGGUUCGAUCCAGGCAUGGUACAUGCUCUUGCGGCAGCAGCAAUUCUACCCGCCUUCCGAGAUGAGCAGUUUGAGAUACCAUCAGGCCACUAUGAUAUAAAACAAGGUUAUCAACUGGUUCCCAAAGAACUCGAAAAGGUCAUAAAGGGUUUUACACGGCCAUUUGAAACCAGCCGCUUCUAUGGAAUCGCUGCGAACCCUCACGAGAGUGUACAAGGGGCCAACUCACGCAGAAGAAUAGCCUACAAUGAAGAGUCUGGCUUCCAACGAUUAACGUUGAAGCAACAUUACGAGGAUCAGUGGGAGACUGCUCGACCAGUGCGACCCGCAAAUGCUCGUAGAUUUAAUCUCGUCGAACUGGAAGACACCCACAAUGCCAUAACGAAAUAUUUCGCCAAAAUAUCUCGGGUCUCAAAAUUAAAGAAGGCUAUCGACAAGAUACAAAAUUUUCUGACGAAUCACCUCGACGAAGAUGCCAGUGCUCAGCCGAUCUAUGUCUUUAGUACUUUCAGGGAGAUCAAGCGCCGGGAUAAAGAGCCCGUCACAGUAGAGGAUAUUAUGGAAAAUGUUUCGGCGCCUGUCUUGGACUCGGUUCGAGACGCCCCUACGACUUUCACGAAGGGCGGACUCUCAGCUGCUGAGAAUGUUCAGGUCGUACAGCCGACUCUACGAUUAACUCAACUUCAAAGCCUAUUCCGAAAUUUAAACGGGCCUCGAUGUAGCCAGUUCCAAAAAGUAUAUGCUGAGGAUCUAAAACAAAGCGUGGAGGCUCUAAAGGCCUUUCAGGGCAAUACUGGUUUGAGAGACCUACCGCUGACACUCGACACCAUCAGAGAGCACGCUUUACUAUGGGAAGAACAUGUUCGCAUCCUGGAGAAUACGAUUCGGACUCGACUUGAACCGAUUUACUUUGGAAACCGGAUUAGAACCGUUGAAGGACAGGAAACCCUGUAUCAUGCUGGACUUUGGCCACGUAUUACCAUCUUCUCCCUACUUAGACGUCUCUCACACCACACUGUGGAGAUACCUGAGGGGUGGAAAAGAGCUAUUGUGGGUUAUGGGACCGCCCUUCGAGAGUUGGGGAGAGCGAAGAGACUAGUCAACCUUGCAACUCGUGGAGAAGUUCAGAGCUUUUGGGAGACUCUUGCCGACACAGAUACCCCAAGAUGGGAUCCAAUGGAUAUGCCAGAGUGGUUGCUACUUGAGUUGGAAAAUAACUUUUGCAUGCGUGAUGUCCAAGCCGAAAUUGCGAAAGAGAUGAUCAGCCCUAGCUCAGGAAGCUCAUCCGUAAUGCAGCUGAAUAUGGGUGAAGGAAAAUCGUCGGUCAUUAUCCCGGCUGUAGCUACGACUCUUGCAGACGGCACAAAACUAGUCAGAGUUGUAGUUUUGAAGCCGCUCUCUCGCGAAAUGUUCAACCUACUCAGAUCAAAGCUUGGUGGGCUUUGUUCUCGGAGAAUAUACUUCCUGCCGUUCAGCCGAGGAUUGGACAUUACAGUCCGAGACGCCCAGUUAAUCAAAUCGAUCUAUGAAGAGUGUAUGGCUGAUGGCGGUAUUCUUCUCGUCCAAAAUGAGCAUCUUUUGUCAUUUAAGUUGCUGGGGCUCGAAAAGAUAUGCAUGGAAGAAGAUGAACCAUACAUCGGGCCAGGGCUACAUGAAACGCAGAAAUGGCUUGACAAAAACGCCCGAGACUUACUGGAUGAGAGUGAUGAGAUUUUGCGCGCAAAUCACACAUUAGUAUAUACUGUCGGAACCCAACAGCCAAUGAACAACCAGCCCUACCGUUGGUUAGAUCUCCUGAAGGUAUUUGACGUUGUCAAAAAACAAGCUUUAGAACUUCAACCCAGAUUUCCACAAGGAUUCGAGAUAGAAUCCAAGAGCGCGAACGGUUUCCCAUACCUCCGGAUCCUGCAACCUAAAGCUGCUGAAGCUUUAACAAAAGCUGUUGUUGCAGACCUUCUUUUCAGUGACCAUCCCGACCGCCAGUGGUUUGCGACAGUGACACCGGAGCGAAGGAAAAUGAUUUCGAAGUUCGUCACAGACAAAGAAUUCCCAGAGGAAGACAUCGCCGAGUUAAAGCAAACUCUACGAGGUGGGCAUAUGUUUGCUGCAGCCUUGUUAUUCCGCGGGCUAUUCGCCUAUGAUAUCAUGAGAUUCUGCCUCCAGGAGAAGCGAUGGAGAGUAGAUUAUGGGGCGGACUUCGACCGUACCCUCCUCGCAGUUCCCUUCAAAGCGAAAGAUACACCUAGUAUCGCGAGCGACUUUGCGCAUCCAGAGGUUCUUCUCUGUUUAACUUGUCUGUCGUGGUAUAACUACGGUCUUAAUUGGGGAGAAAUCAAGGAUUGUAUCGGAGCUGUCAGAUCCGUCGACAACCCCGAAGAUGAAUACUCUAGAUGGAUCGAAGACAACAAUGAUUUGCCCGGACAUCUGAAGUCCCUUCAAGGUGUAAAUCUCGAUAACCCUGAUGGUUUCGAAAGCUUUCUUUGCCCGGCGCUCGAAUUGAACAAGAAGGUUAUUGAUUUCUACCUCCAGACCUUUGUUUUUCCGAGAUUUUCGAAACAGUUCCCAUACAAGCUCACUAGUUCUGGAUGGGAUGUUGUAGAAAAGAAAGCCAAUCUGACAUCUGGGUUCUCGGGUACAAAUGAUAACAAAUAUCUAUUACCUUUAUCAAUCCGACAGAAAGACCUUGAUACGCACAAGCAUACCAAUGCACUCGUUCUAAACUACCUUCUCGCGACAGAAAACAACCACUUUGUGCGGUCUUCAAAACCCCGCACGCGCGAGAAGUUGCCGGUAUUGGAACUAUUAGACUCAAUCGUUACGCAGAAUCCACCGAUAUCAGUGAUCCUUGAUGUCGGUGCGCAGGUUCUAGAACUAAACAACGAAGAGGUGGCUAGAGAAUGGCUCUCUCGGGCUUCUAGAGCCGAUUCUGAGCGAUGGCAAGCUGCUAUUUUCUUCAACCCCAAGGACGAAAUCUGCGUGGUUGACCUUUCCGGGAGAGUAGAGCUCUUGAUGACUUCCAAUUUUGCGAAGCAGAUGGAAAUUUGCCUCUGUUACCUUGAUGACGCCCAUACUCGUGGCACUGAUCUACAAUUCCCUUUAGGAAGCCGGGCCCUAAUCACACUAGGACCCAAGACGACCAAGGACCGGUUGGUUCAAGGCGCCAUGAGAAUGAGGAAGCUCGGAAAGGGCCACUCUGUCGUCUUUUGUGCGCCACCCGACGUUGAAGCCCAGAUACUUGCUAUUUCAAACGGUAAAAGUAAAGUCGAGAAUGUUGAUGUUCUGAAAUGGGCUCUGCGAGAAACAUGUAAGCAGACAAAGCGAAACGCAGAGCUUUGGGCCGCCCAGGGCGUCAAUUACGCGCAGCGACUCGUGGCACGGACUGACUAUGAGCGAAUGGCAGAAUGGAACAUUCUCAGAAACCUUUUGUUCGAACAAGAAAAAAUGUCAUUGGCUGACCUCUACGACUUGAAGGCCUCGCCGAACGAGAGUUACAUUGACAAGAUGACACGUCUUAACAUUGCGAGUCAUCCGAUUGUCACUGAGAUUAUUGGGCAUUGUAGGAUUUUUGACAUUCAAAAUUUCGAUGCGCUUACAGGGGAACUAGAUGAAGAGCAAGAGCGCGAGGUCGAACAAGAAGUCGAAAAACAACGACAAACCGAGCUGCCCCCACCCGCUAGGCCUUUGCUGCAUGAUCUUCAUAAGGACAUUGUUAAGUUCGUACAGACAGGCAACCUACCAAAAAAGUCCAAAGCUGUGGAGCCCGCCAUAACUUCUUUAAGAAGAACAUCAAUCAGAGAACAGAUUCGGCCAGGGUCAUGGUCAACGAAACUACUUGUAUCCCAGGAUUUCGCUCACACUGUUGAGAUUUCGACAAACCUUGAGGGAGGCCGUCAGAUAGAUUAUCAAGACAAUUUUGUUCGUCCAGUCUCCUUCAUCCUGAGCUGCGUGAAAGGGAACGUCAAAAAAAAGAUCACUCUCUUGAUAAUCAGCCCUUUCGAAGCGAACGGGCUACUCGACAAGAUCAAAGCUUCCCCCUACGUCCAUCUACAUGUAUAUAUGCCCAGGGUAACGAAAUCCAUGCCCUCAUUCGAAGAUUUGAGAUGGAUGAAUGUUGGAAAAACAUAUAGCCGCUCCUGGAGCCUCCCCUCCGCUCUUUUGGAUCAAUUGAAUCUAUUUGCAGGUCAAUUGUAUUUCCGACAUGCCACUGCAUAUCACCACACUGCUGAAUGGCUUAGCUUGAGGACACCUGAAUUGCACCCUACAUCUGAAUGGUUUGAAGACGGAUUUGUUCCUCCUGGCCAUCGUCAAAGAAGGGAUGGAGAGCCUUUCAAAAGCACUUUCAAGACCUCACCAGUUCCCUGUAUGCAAGGACUUGUGGCAAUACGAAGAAAAGGGAUGAAAAGUGGCCUAACGCAACUUGGACUACUGCUGGAUGGUAAACUAAUUCAUGCCGACCAAUUCGACGAGGCCGAUGAGGAUGUCGAGAAAAUCUGGGGGGAAGAUGCGGUCAGCGCGGACGAGUCCGAUACCGCCGACUACAUCAAGGAAGAGGUUGAACCUUUGGAGCGUUCCGCGGCAGCCACCCUACGAGCCCAGCAGCAGGCUUAUACUCCAAUGGAAGUCGACGAACAAGAUGGGGCUGAUGGAGUCCAGCCCGAGGCCGCCGGUGAAGCAGGAGAAGACUACGACGACAGCAGCACAGAUGAUGGGCUCCCACCAAAUAUCAAAGCAGAGUCCGGCGAGGAGUCAGAUAACGACAUAGACCAGUCAGUUUUCUAUCGCGAUUCUACUCCCAUAGUUCCUACGGAAGAUGGUGACAACGAAACCAGGGAAGAUGGCACGGAGAUCCAGUGGUGA